UCUAUUUUUAUUUACCACAGAGUAAAUCUAUUACAGGUUUGUCAUUUUGACAAACUUUUUAUUUUAAUUUUAACCUCUUUGAAAAAAGAGGAAUGUGCUGCAGAACCUAAAUUGAAGUUUCUAAAAAUCCUUACAUAAUUUAUUAAAACAGCAUAUGUGUAAAUACCGCUUUUGAUUUGUGACAAAAUUAUUUCGUAAGUUACAUGAUGGUGGAAGGUUCAGCAUUUAUGCGUAAUGAAGCGUUUCAGAUGGCAAUACGUGUUGCAUUUGUGUCUGCUGUUACGUAUUUCUCCAUAAAGUGGUUAAUGAAUCAAAUAGAUCCCACUUCUAGAAGUCGGAAGAAAGCUGAGGAAAGAGCUAGAGAACAGUUACGCAAGGUGUCUUGCAGAGCCGGUUCCAGUGGAAAACAAGCACUAGCACUUGACAAGCUAACAGAUCAUGAGAUGAUAAUUGCUUCACAGCUUGUUGUGCCAGAUGAAAUCAAUGUGAGCUGGAAGGACAUAGCAGGGUUGGAUCACCUAAUCCAGGAACUCCGUGAAACUGUUAUUCUGCCGAUACAGAAACGGGACCUAUUUUCUGACAGCAGGCUCACGCAGCCACCCAAAGGGGUACUGCUGCAUGGUCCUCCAGGGUGCGGAAAAACACUCAUCGCAAAGGCGACAGCGAAAGAAGCUAAUAUGAGCUUCAUCAACUUAGAUGUGUCAUUGCUCACGGACAAGUGGUAUGGUGAGACACAGAAGCUGGCGGCUGCUGUGUUUAGUCUGGCUGUUAAACUACAACCUUGCAUUGUAUUUAUAGACGAAAUCGAGUCGUUCCUGCGCACGCGCACGCAGCACGACCACGAGGCCACCGCCAUGAUGAAGACGCAGUUCAUGUCGCUGUGGGACGGCCUCAUCACCGACCCCUCUUGCACUGUUAUCAUCAUGGGUGCGACAAAUCGUCCACAAGAUCUAGACAAAGCUAUCCAGCGUCGUAUGCCGGCAAUGUUCCACGUUCCUAUGCCCAGCGAACAACAACGAGACCGCAUUCUGAGGUUAAUACUUCACGCGGAGCCUACCGCAGAAGACAUUGACUUCAGUCGUCUGGCUAUGGCGACGGAAGGAUUCUCGGGUUCAGACUUGCACGAGCUAUGUCGACAGGCGGCCGUGUACCGCGUCAGAGAUCUAGCGAGGCAACAACUUGAUCAGAGCAAUGAUUCACAACAGUCAAACAAUACGGACUCUGAAGACGAAUUCGUGGAUGCCGUACGACCAAUCACGAUGGAUGACCUCAGACUAUCAUUAGGCAAGCUGAAAGAGUCCAAAAUACAAUGCGGCACUUUACCACCAAGUAUGCGGAUAGAACUUGAUUAGUAGCCACGAGUCGAGCGAUUUUGAAUCUUAGUUGCGUUUUGUGACAUACAAGAUUUUCAUGAUUAUGAAGAGUUUUAGUUAUUCUUUAUUAAAAUAGAGCUCAUGUCGACUCUAAUGGUACCAUAAAAUGGAAUUUACUUUUGUUAAAUUUGUUUGCGUUCAUAAACUCCAAUUUUAACUGGGUUUAACAAUCUCAAAGAUUGCUUUAGGUAGGUUAUUAGGAAGAUUAUAUGUUUGAAGCUUUUGAUAGAACAAAAUAAAUUUGAGGUUACAGCUUUUAUAUGUUAUCAAUUUAUCAAGUGACAACAAUUAUUAUCUUAUGUACUAUAAUUUCUUUUUUCUACAAAAGUUCAAGAUUUUCUACAUAAAAUUUAGAUUGUUUGAUUUUACAGAAAACAGUGAAGUGAAUGUAAUACUGAUCCAAAAUGACAUAUUGACCAGUAAUAUUAUUAAAAAUCUAAUUUUAUCAUAUCAAGAAUAACAACAUAUUUUUGAUAGAUAUUGAGUUACAAUUAAAAGAAAAUAUUAAUACAGCAAAAUAAUAUUAUACAUAAAUUAUUUACAAAAGGAAACCGUAAUGUAGUUCAAAUAAUUAUUAUAACAAAGUUUUCUUUUUUAACAGUCUUGUCACUAAUUUUUUACAUUUUUAUUUUGAGAAUUUACUAUCAUUCUAAUAAUGGGGG